AUGACCCCGACCGCGGGGGGCAGCCCCAGCAGCCCCGCGGCCCCCAGCAGCCGCGCGCCCCCCAGCCCGACCGCGGGGAUCGGCCCCGGCAGCCCCGCGCCCCCCAGCCCGACCGCGGGGGGCAGCCCCGGCCCUGCCACCGACCCUGUUAGCCUCGGCACGACUCCGGGGGGAAGUUCAGGCCCCGGACCCCCCAGCUCAGAGGGAGGCAGCUCCGCGGAGCCGGAGCCCAGCGCGGCUCCAGGAGUCCAGGGAGACCCAUCCGCUCCCGAAGCUUGUUUGCCCACCUGUAUCUGCAACCUGCAUUCUGGAUCCUGUGACAUAAACUGCUGCUGUGAUACUGACUGUAACCUUGGAUGUGAUCUGGGGGACUCAAGGGCUGCCUUCUCCUUCUGUCUUCCAGGCAGUACCAGAACUGUGAGUCAAGUGUGCGUGGAGAAGUCUCUUAUUUUCAGAAAUAACACCCCUCAUCACACUGAAAUCGUCACUGACCCCAGCGGAUAUGAGUCUCUGUUCUGUGUGCGUCUGAGUGAUUCAAAGUUGAACUAUUUCCAGGAGCCGCAAAAAGUUAAAAAAUCAGAUUUCUCCAUGUUCUUGGCACAGUAUGGUGGACCAUCAUUCAUUCAACCAUCACAAGACCAGCCAUCUUCCUCUGCAUUUUACCGGGUGAGAAUCACCCCUGUCACACAGCCUGGAACUCCCCAGAUGGAUGGCAACACCUGUCACAAUGUUGUUUCUGAGGUGAUCUAUGAAAUAGAGUUCAAUGGGACCCAUGGAAUCCAGAAUGUCUCUGUCCAGCUUAAAGUGACCAGUGUCUCUGGGAACUCUCUGCAGCAGCGGUUCACACUUCAGUUCUGGCAGAGCAGGACCCCAUCGUAUACCUUGCCAAGAAGUGGAAACCCUGGCUAUAUCAUUGGGGCACCACUCUUGUCUCUAAACAGUGGUGUCAGGCAGCAAGUGACUAUCUUACAGAGCCAGGGUGAUGGAAUAUGCUCUCAGACUCUCAGGUACAAGGUACAGUUUGGAAUGAAUGUGAGGACAAGCUGCCAGCUCAGCAUAUCCCAAACAAUGGAGGAUGGAAACUGUAGCUACUUUCAGGAGAAGCUGUACCAGGCCCUCCACGGGGUGAGCAGCCCACAGGCUCUGGCCAUAAUUGGCAGUGCUGAGCCAACCCAGACAGAUCAGUGGACCAGCAUCAUUAUCCGGAACUGCAGCAUGCAGGCUGGGAAUUGUGCCUCCUGCUGUAUGGUUCCUGUGUCCUUGAAGAUCCAGGUAUUGUGGGCUGAGGUGGGCCUCCAGUCCAACCCACAAAGUCAAGUGCUGGGAGCACGGUAUUGGUAUCAGUGUCAGUCUCUGAAGUCCCUCAGCAUGACCAUGGUGCCUUUGACAACCGUUGUUGCCUUCACUGACAUGACAGAAUGGCCAGAGCCUCCACGUAGCCAGCCCAGCACAUAUUGGAAACUCCCAUUUGACUUCUUUUUCCCCUUCAAGGUUGCAUUGAAUGGGGGGAUAAGCUGUCAAGGAGACCUGGCUGGUGCUUUCCUGAUGUCUCUCACAUUCUGCAGCAUUCUCAGUUUCUGAAGAGAAUGAAGUCUGGUGCUCUGCUCCUCAUGACAUUUUUGCCCAGAUAGUACCAGAGAGCUCACUCCAUCCUGUUGUAUCCUGGUGUCAUAUCUGGUGCCUGUUCCUUACCUGGGUGAGACAAUACAAGAGAGACAGUAACCUAAAUGAUUCCUCUUUGUUCUUGUGAGCAGCAAAGAAGGUGUUUAUCUGACAGCUAGAAAAGGCAGGUGUUUCAGGGAAUCCUGUUAGUGUAAUGGUACAGUCAGAAUAUGAUGCAGACCAAAGACUCUUCUAUUCUGUUUAGGUUCUCAUCCUGUGCCUAUCAUCAUGGUAUCCCUGUUCCUUCCUGUAGUGCAUUGUGACAUGAUUAACAUCUGUCACCUUUGAUUCUUCCAUGUCUGCAACCCCUUUAUGCAGAUUUGUGAAGGUCAACGCAGCGUUGCUCAUGAGGGAUGGGAGGGCAGAAGGAGCAGUCUCUGUGUGGAACAAAGAGGAGAGAGGGAAUGAAAAGGAACUUUCUUUAUUCUGUCCCCUACAAGAAGGUAAAGUCCCUUCCAAGCUGAGCGGUAUGGAGAGAAGUGCAGCUUUCAUUUCUAGUUUCCCUCCCUAUUGGUGGGGAGUCUGGAGUUCACUUGUUCAGCUCCCUAUUACAGAAGAGCCUCAUCUUUUCAUGUGGAAUUGUAAUUCAUACAUUUUAAAUCUGAUAUAAUUUAUCCAGUGAUAGUUUCUGUAUGAAACCAUCAGUGCCCCUGUGACUAGCUUUAGAAUGUAUGCCUUUGUUAGGGGACCUGAAUUAUUAUUCAGUGAUUGAUUCUAUAAUGACCUAUCUGCUAGUCUCCUCUGGCCCGUUUUAAAUAAGCUGGCCUUGUGCAUCUGUGUCAAUCUUUAUCUCUUAUUUUUGUAUUAAUCUCUUCAAAUAAAAUUGUCAACUGAACAUGCAUUACUUUAUUAAAAUGUUUUUAUUUGCAAGAUGGAUAUGCAAGACACAAGGAAUUAUGGAGGUUCUGUCCUUUGGGAUUACUGUCCUGGGAAUUUUAUGCCCAGGUGUUUUCACAGCUCUCCUUUCCACCCUCACAGCUCUUCCCUCAUGCAUACAGGCUCAGUGCCACACUCCCCACCUGUGGUGGUUUAGGAUUCUCUAAAACUGGGCAGUACUACUGCUCCAGGUCCAAGCAGAGGCUAUACUGGCAGUGACAGCCAUCGUGAAUGUUGGAUGAUGUAUAAGAGAUGAGCCAUUGUGAGCAGUCAGAGUUGGAGAUUAAAGUUAAUUAUUUUAGAAAAGAUUUGCAACUUAUUAUAAGACUGCAGUCUCAUGCAACACCUAGGCUUUGAUUCUGGCCUCCUGUGGCUCAGUGACAUUUCAUAGAUUUCAGGGCCAGAAAAGACCUCUAGAUCUUGGGAUAAAUGAAGGGGGGUAGCUUCCUUUUAUGGACACCCAGCCAGCCAGUUAGCUAUAACAUCCCUCUUGGUAGCUGUUCUCUA